AUGCACCUACAGUUGCGUGAAGAACAUGAGCACUUAAAAGGAAGCCUAUCCUCGGCUCAGGAACGUUUUGCCUCAGUGGAGGUCCGCGCGCUGCAGGCUGAAGAACGAGCGGCCCGAUUCCGGCAGCUCUCAGAAUCGGCUGAGCGAAGUGGAGCUGCUAAAAAUUGUUUAUUGGCCCAAUUGAGGAGUCGUCUGCAGGAGGCUGAGCUGAAAGCGGCUAAUUUGCAACUUCUGGUGGACGGAUCCAGUCAAACAAGAGGCUGGCGGGCUCAAGUGACAGAGCUAAAGGAUGAGCUGGCCGAGUGGAAGGGCAGCAUUCGCGUGGUUGCCAGGUGA